AUGGCGUCCACGACCAACGAAUCCAGCAAGAAACAAAAGACAAGAGGCGACGCGACUUCGGCUGAUCUCACGCCUGCCGCAUCGCCGGUCGACCCGCCACUCGAUGAGCGCUGGAGCACUAAUGGGGAUACUCUACUUGUUUCGAGCAAUGGGACAGGGUUUUUGGUCGAGAGAUAUAUGCUCAAGGCUCAUAGCUCUGUCUUUCGAGAUAUGCUUUCCUCAAACGAUUUCCUCCCCUCCUAUUCUUCGUCACAUUCAGGAAGAGUGCGCCUGGAUCUUCCCGAAGACACUGAAAACGCCUUGACGGUGUCUACAGUGCUCUGGAUCCUCGACCAGACACCAGCACUGACUGCGGUGGUCAGCAAACUGCGCCGUAAGUCAAUCGUCGUGCUGGACCAUGUCCUCCACUUCUCCAAGAAAUUUGACAUGCCCUUCCUCUCAAACUACCUGGAGAACCUGCUGGGCAAGGCGCUACGACAAGAAGACAAUGCAAAUCCAGACACGGACCGGCGUUUGAGCUAUGGGGACAUCUUCAUCUUGGCCGCCCGCGCGGACAUGUAUGAUCUAACAAAGACUGCGAUUGAAAGGAUUCCUCAUUACUUUGAUCAGUCCCUCACUGCCGAAUACGGUAGCUACCUACCAGAAUUCACUCAUUGGUGGCAUCCCGGGGGCGAUCAUAACACGGUCUUCCCUACUUACCCGGCGACGGCGUUUGCUGCGACCCCUAGCAAAUAUAUGUGGGCUCUCAUGCAAGUAGGCGGUGGGCGAUUCCGUGAUAAGGUGCGCGGGGAACAGUUUGCGCAGGCGGGGAACAGUUUGCGCAGUUCGUCAUUGGUUACCAGUCUCGGUGCGCGAAACCUUGAUGUAGAAUGGGAUUCAUAG